AUGGAUCAAUUUGAGACAAUUGAAGGCAAGAUUCUAUACAUCACAUACAAUUUAUAUAAGUAAAAUCGCAUCUGUAUACAAUAAAAGAAUGAAAUAAAAGGUUGAUAAUUUUAAAAUAAUCAUUAGACAUGUUGAUUAGUAAAAAUCACCGUAUUGAAAAACUAUUAUUAGAACUAAGAGGAGAACACAAUCUAAGUUACAUCGAAAAUAGCCUUGAAACAAUUAAUGUAAGAUGCCUAAUUAAUAAUUAUUAUUUAGGAUCUAAGUCCUAGAGAUUUUGACGACAGCCUUAGUAAUUCAUAUAAAAAUAAAAGACCAAAGAGAUUUAAGUUCGUAAAAUCGAAUUUCCCAAGGAAUUUAGACCCAAAAGAAAUGAGAGCAAAUGAGGACACUGAUUCAUUGUCUCGAAAUUCUAAUUAAUAGUUUGAAUUUGAUUCAAGGAGACGUGUUUACUCUCUAGCUGCUGAUUCAUGUUGA